UCAACAAACGUGCUCUUACGCACAAGUUUUUUUUUGAAAUCGUACAUUUAAAACCUAUAAAUCGCUGUUUAAUCCAUUUUUUUGAUACUUUAACCUACCAAACUAUUUUGAAAAGUUGGCGACAAAGUUUUCCUCCCAAUCGGGGUCAAUUUCUGCCGGAUAGCUUUUGUUUCUGUUACAAAACCUCAACCAAAAAUGCCGUUCAUGAAGGGAAAAGCCCCGGUUCGCCGGUCCAUCCAGUAUCUGACCGCGGGCCGGUUGGCGCUCAAGGAGAAGAUCAAAGUCUUUAGCGUAAACUACAACACGUACGGCGAUCACCACGAGGGCGCGAGGGACUUUGUGUUUUGGAACAUUCCCCAGAUUCAGUACAAAAAUCCGAAUGUGCAGGUUGUGACGUUCAAGAACAUGACCCCGUCGCCGUUUAUUCGGUGCUAUUAUGAGAAUGGCAAGCAGAUUCUCAUCGAUGUCGACAGCAAAAACCGUGACGAGAUCAUGCAGCACCUGAUACAGGUCGUGGGGAAAUCUUUCGAAACCCUCAAGGCGGAAUCAAAGCUCGCGGAAAAGCAGGACAACCCGGCCAACUUUGGCAUCGGUUGCGCCAAGCACUGCAUCUGCGAGGUGCCCGGCCAGCUGCCCUGUCCGGGAGUCGUUCCGGUGCCGCAGCACAUGCGUGGCAAGUACAAGUUCCAGAAGGAGUAGAAGUUCUUUUCCGUUCUAGAUUGAUUGAGAGAGUUAAAAAAUUCGUUUUAGUUCACGUUGCUUGAGAGUAGUUUGUAUUUCCAGCAACCUUAAGUUUGUCUCAGAGUAAAAAAAGUCGUCACACACGCA